UUAUGGGCACAAGAAGCUGACGUAGUGGACACCGGCGAGGUAGUAACGACGCUUGGAAACUUCGCUAGUGUACGAUUUUUUAAAAUAAUUGCUGAAUUUAUACUACAUUUUUCGUUGUUUUGUAGACAUAAAAAGAAAAUGUCAAAUGUUAUUUUAUCUGGUCUGACAACCAUCACCACAAUAAGUGUGUUUGAUGGCUGGGACAAUAUUGCAGACAUUUUAUCAGAUAUCCGCAAGAUUGGCUGUUGGUUUCAUCGCUCGUUACCGGACAACAAAUUCGUAAAAGUUGCCGUUUACGGUUUUGGUUCGCUGGUAGUUUUGCGUUCUUUACCGUUUGUUUUGAGACGGUCCUCAUUCUUCUCAUAUUGUGAAAAAGAAAUGAUAUAUUUCCAUCGCAGCAAUAGCAAUCCCGACGUUAUUAGAUACAAAGAAGAGUUGUUAAAAGAAUUGAAAGACGAGGAGCACGGCUUGCCAUUGCUUGAAGAUGAAAAGUUGGUGAUUUUGGAAUUAAAUGCUGGUGGUGGCACCAACUUGUCUUACUAUCCCAAAGGUGCUUACUACAUUGCCACUGACAUCCAUGAGGAAUGUAAAGAACAGUUGGAGAACAACUUCUUUCUAGAUAGCGACGAGGAGAAUAUAAAACUUAAUCGGUUUAUAAAUACUAUUCCAGAAGAACUAAACAGCGUUCCAGACAAUUCAGUUUCUUGCGUCGUGUCCUUUCAUGCUUUGUGUUCGGCAAGGGGUACUUUUAGAGCUUUGGAGGAAAUUAAGCGGGUUUUAAUGCCUGGAGGAAAGUUAUAUUUUAUCGAGCAUACAGCGGUAACUGAAAGAUGGACCGCUAUGUGGGUUGCGCAGAUAAACUUUAGACCGUCCAUGUUCCUCGUGGGUUGUUGUAUUAAAAAUAUUGGAAGUUACAUCGAGAAUGUGGGCUUUUCUGAGGUGAAUUACAAAAACACUUGGGUUGAUAUGAGUAAACUAAUCGGUCCAUUACGUUCUCUAGCUCCACAUGUGUACGGCUAUGCUGUGAAAUAAAUCUUGUGUAUUCCAUUGGUUGCGUGAAGAAGAAUAUAGAUUGAAAUUCUGUACGAAGCAUGUCUUUUAGUAGCCAUUUUUUUUAAGCUCAGCAUUCCUAACUUAGGGCUUUCUUCAUUUUAGCCAGUGUUAUGUUAUAAGAAAAACGCUUUUAUGCAGAAUUACCAAUAUGCAAUGAAAAAAGCUCUUUUUGCAUGUGAAGUUGUGUGCAGCUCAAAAUAUGGUAGCCUUUUCCGUAGAGUGCUUGUGAUAAAUUCCUAAUAGAUAAGAAAUGUAUUUUUGACUUAUAGAAUAUAGACUUGUUAUAUUUUGUAUGCAAUGUAGGUAUAAAAAUUAGAAUUAUUUUGUAAAAUAAGAUAUCCAACAGGCGAGGUGUUUUUACAUGCAUUUUGACAAAAACCUUUCAGCUCUUAAUUGUCAUUAGGCGAUUUAGUAAGUAAUUGAUUGAGAAUACAUAGGCCGUGAAUUAUUGUAGAAAUUAUUGUAGAAAUUGACAAAGCAUUUUCCGAAAAUAUUUUUGUAG